AUGCCUUUCUUAGGCGUGCUCGAGGUGCUGGUGGGCGUAUUCGGAGAAUUGUAUGGGCGCUUCAGCAGAUAUCUGUUGUCUUUCACCGUUUGCCGGCUCAUCCUAGUCGCUUAUCUACUUCCUGUCUAUGUGAUCAAGACGAUUUGGACUAUUCUUCCCACACUAGUCCUGAAUCUUCCAUGGCUAUUCACUUCAUCUGCGCGUAGCGCACUCAUAAAGAAUACAGAAGAGUACCGAAAGAGCGAGCAGUCGAUGGCCAACCUCCAGCUGGACGGUCAUUAUCGCUUCCCUAAGGAAUCCGUUUAUCCCAUCUCGAGAGAAGGGAAAGGGUGGAUGCACGACCAGCCCUUCAGUACAGCAGUCAAAGAUCUAUCACCACGAUUCUCCGGGAGAGAAUACGCUGAAAAGGCCAAUUGUGUUCUUACAUGGCAAUCCGAGCUGGAGUUUCAUUUGGAGAAACAUUGGAUCGGCCAUGGCCGCAGCGAUAAAGUGACUCGGCGGACUGCGAUUACCUUUGAGCUGCAUAUGAGGACUUUGGUCCAGUUUUUUGAAGUUACUGGUCUUGAGGAUGCUAUUCUUGUCGCUCAUGACUGGGGCGGACUCUUAUAUAUCAUCUGGUUCUUGUCGACUGGAAUCAUGGGCGGCUAUCUACCAGAGGCCGGUGUCAUGAGAUACAUGUCUCCGCAUCUUUCUCAAGAGGAGAUCGAUGGCUAUUCUGCACCCUACAGCGGACUGCCGGUAUCAACUAAGGCAAGCGUCUUUCGCUUUGGGCAUAUGGUUCCGGGACUGCCUCGGUUUAUCCUCCUACAUGCUAGGCAUACACAGUUAUGGAAACUCUUGGAAGGACUAUGUGGACCUGUCCACUUCAGUAGCGUGAACGCACAGGCUCGUUUGGCCGAAAGAGACAACAGCGUGAGGCCAUUCUGGGCGACAGGUGAUAACGGCGGUGCAGUCGAGAAGGAUCCUACGCGCGUGCUGGUUGUUUUCGGAGAUGAUGACCCAUUGCUGAAGAGCUAUAAGGACAUACUUAGCCAGACUAUCCAUCCCAAAUUCACCGUUGACUGGGCACCGACUGGGAUCUGGCUUCCAAAUGCCGGACACUAUGCUACGGAGGAAAAAGCGAAAGAGGUGCUCGAUUUAGUAGAAAAAUUUAGUGCAAGCAAAUAA